AUAGAUUGCAUCAUUCUUUUAUUGUCUUCGUAGUAAUACGAUAUUGUGAUGCCAUGCAGUUUGUGUAGUUUUUGUUCACACUUGAAGGUCUAUGCAAAAUUAUCUCCCGAGCAUAUCUGAACCAAGAUCUUAUAGAUGCAACGAUUAAAUAGGAAAGAAGAGGAACAUGUCUUUGUUAUCUCAUGUUUUCUGACAAACUUGAAGGACAAAAAAUCUGAAGUAAUUGCUGCUGUAUGCGCCUUGUUGAACAGCAAUGGCGGUAAGCUUGCUCUAGAUUUUCCUAGCCAGAAAUGUGAGAAGAAAGAUUUGGAUCAAACAGGCAGGAAGAUUGAGCAAUGGAUAAAGAAUUUAAUUGGAACCGUGAAGAUGAAAAGGAAAGUCAAAUUGGAAAUAUCAGCCGAUCAAAUGCUCUUGACCGUUAAAGGUUCUAACAGAUUGAUCACAGUUAAUUACCACAUGUACCUACCAAGUCACACGGAGGUUAAUCAAGUCUCGCCGAUUGAAACAUUAGAAGAAAUUAGGAAAUGUUUGUUUGGAGACAAAGAGAUGAUUGCAAUUAACGAGUUACCGACCGUACGACAGGUUUUUGUACAGGGAGAAGAGAUGAAACUGAUUGAAACGUACAGCGUUCAGUUUAAACAACUUGAAGACACUCCGACGAAGUCUACAACACUGGGAGAUCGAGUUGUUGCAAAUUGUAAACUCGUCCAGUAUAUUUCAGCGUUUGCUAACCAUUGCGGUGGGGCUAUUUAUGUUGGAGUGGACGAUAAACAACACCGCAUCAACGGAGAAGUAAUCUCAGCGAACGAAAGAAAAUCGAUUAUCACGAAAGUUACCAAAAAAGUCGAAAACAUGAUCUGGCUUGAGCUACAAGAUGGGCCAUGCAAGGGCGUGCAUUGGGACAUCAAUUUUUAUCCCGUGGUGGACAAGUCUGGAAGAUCUGUAACCUCGACUUUUGUUAUUGUUGUCACAGUAGCACGUUGUCCUGGUGGUGUUUUCACUGAAGCGCCGGAGAGUUACCAUUGUAUCAAUGGCUCAAUUGAAGAAAUGCCGUUGAGUACCUGGAAAGAUUAUCUUUCAGAACGGACACCCGAUGUCACGGAUGACCCGCAGAGGAUUGAACCAACCAAUGGUGUAUCAACAAAUACUGGUUCAACAAGUGUCGUGUCAACAAUUGGUAGAUCAGGUCCACUGCACAUUGGUCGUUUACAUUGGAGUUCCGUUCACAGUAGAAAGAGUUCUGCUAAAAUGAACGGAAUUUUGAUUCGAAAAAUUAACGAUGGUUUGUAUGAUGAGUUUCAGGCUCUUGUGAUGAAGGAGCAGGCGAAUUGUCCAGAAGGUGAAAUGAGUUUGGUCAUUUUAUCGAUGAAGAUAACAGCAAAUUACAAGCAAGGGAAAUUCAAAGAUGUGCAAAGUGAUAUGGAAGAAUACGAAAAAGAAUUAAGUAAAUCAAAAGAUUGGAUGAUCGGCAAAGCCCGGGAGUUUCUUCUGAAAUCAUCAAUCCAACGCUGCGACGGGCGAGUUCAGGAAAGCUACGAAGAAGCAAAAAAUGGUUUAGCUACUGUAGAGCAGAUUCCAGCAGGCAUCGUUGUAUGUAACUUUUAUACAAACAUUGCCACCGUCAUAACUAUCAUAUUGGAACAAGAAAAUGAUAUGGAAAUCAAAAAAAGUUUGAAAAAAGAUUCGAUCAUGUUUUUUCAAAAGGCGCUUGAACACGCGCAUAUUGCCAAUGAUUAUCUACCGUCGAAAUUUGACAACAUACAAAAGGUUAACAUCAAUUUAGCGUUUCUCCACCUGAAUGGCUCGUUUGCGAAUCGUGCAAGAGAAGGCAAAGUGGAAAAGGCAGCUAUCGAUACAGCGACAAAUAAUUUGAACGCUGUUGAUAGAUGUAUCAAUGAAGGCUAUUCGCUUUCAGAUUAUCGUAGUUGUCAGUACCUUUUGGCACGUUCAUUGCUGUUCUACCGACGUUCACAGAACCUCGUAGCGGAGGAAAACGACAGAAGAUCUCAAAUGUUAAAGAGCGCGUUGAAGUUUUCAACAGAAGCAAAAGAAAAGGCAACUCAAUGUAAUUUAUUUGAGAUGAUUCAUUGCACUUCAAGACAUAUAGACUUUUACCAGGGACUGGUAAAGUAUGCGGUAUUUACUUGAGAUGUAAUGGACUCAGGACGAUGUAUUUGCCACUUACUUAUAUGGCAAUUAUCCAAGUAAUGUGUGAUCGAAGUCUUAUCAUACUUCAGUGCCUGGCACUUCAGACUUUGCGCAUAGAAUUGACUUUGCUUAUUCAAAGAAUCCGGCUAUAACGCACAAAGGACAAUAUUUCUUUACUUUAUGAUCUAGAAAGUUGUUUCUCUGAUUAUUGAGUUGAGAUGAUUGCUUAAAUCAAGUUUAAAUCUUGAUAUACAUUUCCUUCGGCGUAUCUAUCUAGGACUGACUUUUCUCAGGUCUUGUCCAGUUUGAUGAAAAAAUGCGACAUUUUCCGGGGUAUAUGAACGUAUGUUCUCCCCUCUUGCAUAUGUCCUCCACUGAUUGUAUUUUAUUUAUCGUUAUUCAAUAACAUGCAUUAUAAGUUACUUAAGUAAUUGAUCCUCCCUGAUCAUAGCUGUUCCAAAGAAUAUUUCCAUUUUAAUGUAAUUUGGUUUUAUAAUUUUGAACAUGUAUUGACAUGGGGAGGUGGAUAAAUUAAUGUAUUAUACUAGACCUAACUAGACCUGUAUAUAUGGAUGCGGUGUAUACGUGUUGAAUCGUGAUGUAAAUAUUCCAUAACUAGAAAGUAAUAUAAAACCUUUGCGUAUAAAAAAUAUAUAACUGUAAUAUCAUGUAUGCUUCUGUCGUUUUUAUCUGCAUUUUGUUGAACUCGUACCUGUAUUUUUCAUAUUUCGUGCAAACAGGCAAACGUAAUAGGCUUCCCCUAAAUGGCAAAUUGGGUUGUGAAAAAAAAAC